AUGGGCAGCAUCGCGGGCCUCGAGAGGUUCGACAGUCCGGGUAAAGGACGAGCUCUCCGGGUUACCAGACCCUUCAAAGUCGGAGAGCUGCUGUAUUCCACCCCGGCGUACACCUUUGUGCUGUCAUUAAACGAGAGAGGCUUCAACUGCGAGUUCUGCUUCACCAGGAAAGAGAAGUUGGCGAGAUGUGGGAAGUGCAAGAAAGCCUUCUACUGCAAUGUGAAAUGCCAGAAAGAGGACUGGGCCAUGCACAAGCUGGAGUGCUCUGCCAUGAUUGCAUUCAAAGAGAACUGGUGCCCUUCAGAGAUAUCUCGCCUGGUGGCCCGGAUCCUCGCCAAAAAGAAAACAAAGAAAGAAAGAUGUGCUUCUGAGAAGAUCUUGCGCAUAGACGAGAUACAAUCACACGUGGAGGACGUAGAUAAUGAGAAAAGAGAGAUGCACGAGGCAGAUGUUUUCGGACUGCAUCGUUUUUUCUCCAAACAUUUGAAGUUACCCGACCAUAAAGACCUUCUCACACUCUUCUCCCAGGUUGCCUGUAAUGGUUUCACUAUAGAGGACGAUGAACUGUCCAACAUGGGUACUGCAAUCUACCCAGAUGUGGCACUGAUCAACCACAGCUGUUGUCCCAGCGUCAUAGUCACAAAUAAAGGGACGUCAGCAGAGGUUCGGGCGGUGCAGAACAUGAAGCCUGGAGAUGAAGUGCUCAUCAGCUACAUAGACGUCCUCUAUCCGACAGACGACCUCAACAACAGGCUGAGAGAGACCUACUAUUUCACCUGCGACUGCCGGGACUGUAAAAACAAGUCUAAGGACAAGGAAAAGUUAAAAGUACGCAAGCGGAGUGACCCCAUAGAGCCAGAGGUCAUCAGCAACAUGGUGCGGUACGCCAGGAAAACCAUCAGAGAGUUCCGGGCUGUGAAACACACAAAGACCCCUAGUGAGUUGCUGGAGAUGUGUGAACAGAGUCUGGAGGAGAUGGGAGCCGUCUUUGAUGAAGCCAACGUCUACAUGCUCCACGUGAUGUACCAGGCCAUGGGGGUUUGUCUCUACAUGGAAGACCCGGAAGGAGCGCUCACAUACGGCGAGAAGAUCAUCAAACAUUACAGCAAGCUGUAUCCACCCUUCUCUUUGAAUGUGUCCUCCAUGUAUCUGAAGUUGGGCCGACUGUACAUGGGCCUAGAGAGGCGCUCAGCGGGGGUCAGCGCUUUCAAGAAGGCAAUGGCCAUAAUGGAGGUGGCUCAUGGGAAGGAUCACUUCUACUUGACAGAGUUGUGCAAAGAGAUGGCACAAAAAUGA